AACGACUUCCUUAUAUUACACAACUGCGUCUCUCCGCCACGUCUUCAUCCAUUUUUCUAUAAAUGCCAAUCUUCUCCCCCCAUUUCCCCUUCUCACUCUCUCUCCUCUCACCCACCCACCCACACACACAACAAACUUACGCGCAAAACUCAAAAAAAAAACAACAAUGGAGAUUAACGGCGUUAGCAACUACCGUCACAGAAAAUCUCCUUCCUCCGACAGAUUCUUCACACACUUCUCUCUCUCCACCGUACCUUCCGCCGUCGGAAAUAUCUCCGACGACGAGCUCACUGAGGCAGAUCUCUUCUGGAUCGACUCCGACUCGUCCGAGUCAGCUCGCUCAUCCUCCGAUUCUCGCCGGAAAAUCAACCUCGCUCGUGAAAACUCCGGCAUACUCGCCGCUCUCCCCGACGACUGCGGAAACCGCAUCAUGACUCCUUUCCGCGCUAUUCCGAAACCUCCGCAGCACCGAGUCGGUGCUGAGUUGACUCAGUCUAGGAAGUUCCAGCACUCUGCUCCGGUGAAUGUGCCGAGGAUGAUGAUGAUGCGGAAUACGAGGCGGAGAUUCUCCGAGGAGAGAGAAAAUGAUAACAACGACGACAAAGGCGGCGAUGAUGAUGAUGAAGAGAUGCUACCGCCGCAUGAGAUUGUGGCGCUGAAGCUGAAAUCGACGUCGAGUGUUUUAGAAGGUGUUGGAAGGACGUUGAAAGGGAGGGAUUUGAGGCAGGUGCGUAAUGCAGUGUGGCGUCAGACUGGUUUUCUUGACUAAUUAAUCUCUUUUUGGAGAUAUUUGGAUAAUUUUGUUUUCAUUUUUGGCUUUUUUUUUUUUUUUGCGGGGGGGUUGGUGAAUGGAAGUUGUUUGUUUUUGGUUACUUCUUUCAUUAUCACUUGGAAAUUUUAGAUGUGAAAAAGAAGGAAAAGAAAAAGAGUACAUAUGAUGAAUAUCGGAAUAUUAUGUGUAGACUAUUUGUUUUUGGUGAAAGAUGGCGUAACAAUGAUGAUAUAAUUGAUAUAGUAAUGGUAUGCUUCCUUUUUCUUAA